AUGAGUACCGACUUAUCCGAGCUUGAGAAGUUCAGGGAUAUCCUGAAAGAGUCGUCCAUGGAAGAUGCUGGUCCGUCUCUGAUGCUUAUCAGUGCGGCGGUCCAACAGCUUGUGGCAUUGUGUUCCGGAGGCCGACAGCAGUCUGCGGAAUCCGGUUCGCCAAAUUCGCCGGGCAACCAGGAGAAGUACAGGAACAAACGAGCGGUCCAAAUGGCAAAGCAGCGGGACAAUGCAACAUGCCCUUUGCUAGGCACCAGAUACUGUGAAGCUGCUCAUAUCUAUCCAUUUGCCUCCAUCGAGAAGAAGGGCACGAUCGUGACGAGCGUGCACGCUCUAAUGAAAGUUUUCGGACGGGGGACAGCUCAAAGAUUCACUGAUGCUCUCAGUAUGGUCAACCUGGACUCGUGCGCCAAUAUGAUCUGCCUGGAUCGUAUUCCGCAUAGAAUGUUUGACGACGGCCGACUAGCCUUGCAGCCAAUUGAUAGAGGCACCUACACGAAUGGCAAACACUUCAUUCGCUUGCGCGUGCAUUUUCUGCAGACACAGGCGAGGCAACACGAACCACGCGCAUGGAGAAAUGAUCUGGCGCAGGAUCCUUAUGAGCUGCUGGAGAAUUUCCAGCUCGGCGACGACGAGACUCAAGGAAUCCGCCUCGUUUCUUCCGUGACUCAGCGCGAAAUUAGUGAUGGCCACGAGUUUGAUAUCACUGCAAAGACGCAAGAAGAUCUUCCAAAUUGGGACCUUUUCGAUCUCAGGUACCGCAUUAGUCUGAUGAACCAUCUGAUCGGCGCUGCUGGUAUUUCAGAAGAGGAGAUUGGUGAAUCCGAUAAAGAGGUAUCUGAUGAGGAAUUCGAAGAUAUUGAUGUGGUCGAAGGCGCCAUCACGAAAUUGGAGGAAAUCGCGGAGCAGAGGCCGGAGGAGGUGGAUGAGGAUGAUAUUGCCUGA